CCCAUUAGAGGGAAACGUCACACUCCGUCCGACUCCACCGUAAAGACUGUGCUGUGCUUUCCACUUGCCGCGCUGCUGGGAUUACACACGUGCAGUGGUGUGCCGACUCUGUUGUCUUCGCUACGAUAACCAUGCGGAUAGUGUUCGUGUUGGCGCUAAUGCUGGGCGCCGCGUCGGCCGGCAAGGACGAUGCGGACGACGACAGCUUUUCGAUCGGCCUGGGUGUGCUGUCGCCCUCGUACCGCCAGAAGAUUGGCCCCGAUGGAAACACCAAGGUGGACUUCAACCAGGAGAAGGACGGCUUCUCCUUCUCUGUGAGCAGCGGCGAGCCCAACGCCAAGACGGCAUCGGGUGCAGUAAAGCCCUACUCGCACAUUACCUUCAGCCAGCAGUUCCAGGACCCGGCCGCCGCCAAAAAGCACGCCUCGGCCGGGGGCGCCGAGCUGCAGCAAGUGGCUCAGCACCAGCCCGCGCAAUACGCGGGACAGCAAGGACCCUACGGAACUCAAGCCGGUAACCUUGGAGCAGCCCAGUACGCCAGAGGUGCACCUCAGUACGCUAGUGGGGCGCCGUCAUACGCUGGAGGUGCACCACAGUACGCCGGUGGAGCGCUGCCAUACGCCGGAGGUGCCCCGCAGUACGCCGGUGGAGCGCCGCAGUACGCCGGUGGAGCGCCGCAGUACGCCGGUGGAGCUGCCCAGUACGCGGGAGCCGGAGGCCUGGCACAAUACGGAGGAGCACCAACUCCGGCUGUCCAGUACGCGGCAGCCCCACAGUCCACCGGUUACGGAGGAGGCAACUCACUGGCUUCAUUUGGCGGUGCUGGGUACGGCGGUGCAGCUCAAACGCUCGGUGGGGUACUCAACUCCGACCAGAACGCGGCCCUGGCGGCCGUGCAGCAAGUGCUGAACGCGGAACGACAGCGGCAACACACCGCUCCCCAGGCGCAGGCGUACACGGCGCCUCAAGCUCAGGCGUACGCUGCACCACAAGCCCAAGCGUAUGCAGCACCUCAAGCCCAAGGAUACGCAGCGCCACAGGCCCAGGCGUACGCCGCGCCUCAGGCCCAGGCAUAUGGUGCGCCGCAGGGCUUCUCUCUGCCCCAGCAUCUCUUCGCGGCGGCACCACAGCCGUCUUACGCUACGCCUCAACAGUCGUACGGAGCUCAACAGCAGCAACAGCCGACCUACAGCGCUGGAGUGCACGGUAGCGGGCAGGCCUUGGCUUUCGCUUACGGUGGCGGAGGGGCCCCUGGCGCUGCAGCUGGCUACGCGGGAGGAUAUCAGCCACAUGGCGGAUACGCUGGCGGGCCUGUGGCCGCCGAUACAGGUUCAGAUCCUAAGUACGGUGCUCAAAUCUUUGGUCCGGCACAAGUGUACGUUCCUCCUCCAGGGGCAGCUGGCCAGGGUUACGGCGCUGGUGCCGCUACUCAGGGCGGCUACAACGGCGGCUCGGCGGCAGCGAGUUACAACGGCGGAGGAGCGGCGAACGCUCAUCAGGGUGUCGCACUGCAGACGGGCCCCGGAGGAGUCAUCACCGGCGCUGCGCUCCAAGGAUACGGGGGCAGUUCAGCCGGGGCUGGCCUGCAGGCCUACGGCGGCGGGUCAAGCGCUGGCGGAGCACUGCAAGGCUACGGCGCGGCUUUCCAAGGCUACGGCGCAGGAUCUUCGGGAGCCCAAGGAGUCACAUACAGCCCCAGCGCGGCUUACGGCGGCGCACAGCUGGCCGGGCAGGGAGCGCCCGGCGUUCACUACGCCUCCGGUUCGACGCUCAGGCUACAGGCGGCUCCGUACGCGGCUGCCCUAACGGCCGGUCAAGACGCACGCUCAGCAGGCGGAUACACUGCCAGGCCUGGAGGGUACGGCGCCGCUUCGUCCGCACAGGUUACGGCGUACGGACCUCCGGCCCAGUCUGGCUACAAGCACAAAAAAUGAAGCCCUUCUUGAUAGCAUUUUUUAAUGGAAGCUGCGAGAGAAAUGCAAUAGGACGAUUUCAACUGCCGCUCGCUCAUGCCGGCGUCAAGGCCAAAGCGACGAUUCUGUAUUUAUUUUGUUCGCGUCGCGCUGUUUGUAGUUGCGACCGUUCGAUACUUUCGCUUUUUCACGCAGCGUGGGCCCUGUUAAGAGCUUUCAUUGUUGUUAUUGUUGUUGCUGCUGUUGUUGUUGUCUUGUUAACAAAAUUUGUCACUUGCAAAAUGAAACGCCCGUCAGGCCGGUGUUACCUUGAGGCUCUGACUAGGAGUGUCACCCCACGACAGAACACUCCCAACACAGUGGACACCACUGUUUGGCCCAUCAAGCAGCCUAAACUGGGCUGCGUCGCGGUGUAUAUACAUCUGGCCAAGUUCUGUGCAUGGAACCUCGGGGGCUAUACCUUAACAUUUCGUAAGUUUCCCCUUCGUCACGAACUAUGAAUACUCAACAUUUCUGCCGUAAAUAUUGAGUGGACGUCAAGAUCCGACCGCUCAUAUAUUUGUAUAUCUUCCACCGAGUCUUUUACCCGAUGAACAAGCUGUCAUGACAUCGUGCACUGCAAUGAUCAUGUGGCCAUAUCCCUGACAAGCUUCAAUGUCGCAUUCGCUUCGGCGCCUCAUUUACAAAUGCACACUCUAAUAUCACCCACGGACUGGCAGUGAGACCACGUUGGAGAUUAUAAAAAGUACAAGGUACUUUGAUGCUAUUUUGCUAUGGUGUAUAGCUUGAAGUCAAAGUCAUUUAUUAUUCUUACACUAUAAAUUUUUUUACAGAAAGAACAAGGGUCCCAUAGUCGAAGACUGCAUCGGGGCCCUCGUAUUUAUUCUACAUUUACUCUCGCUGCGAAAUCUCGGAGCAGCGUUUGUUUCCAGUGAUCUAAUGCGUAACGUUGAUCAUUUCAUUGCUUGUUUCACUACUUGUUGUGCGCCAAACCUAUGGAGAUUGACCAGUAUGCUGUUUUUAACGGCUUAGGAAAGCAUACUUUGCACUGAAUAUCAUUGCACUGAAUAUCACUGAAUAUCAGCAUACUGGUCAGAUUGACCAGUAUGCUGAGGUGGACACGGGACGAACAUGAACGCACAUGGCGACGCUUGUCCCGUGUGUCAGUGUUUACCUUUUACCAAAGUCAUGCUAGCCUGUAUUUGUAAGAAUGAACGCACUAGCCCAGCACCGAAUUUCGUUAUGCCUUAUUGAUGAUGGACAGCAGGCGCGUAGCCAGAAUUUUUUUCGGGGGUGGGGGGCACCACCUUGAUUUCGGGAGGGGCACCCUCUUAAAACGGCCUUUUUCACUCUCUAUGCCAUGGCACAAAAAAUUCUGGUAGGGGGGUGGGCACGUGCCUGGUGUUCUACCUCCUGGCUACGCGCUUGAUGGACACGAUGGACACAAUCUUCCAGGGCAAAUCCCGCAGAAUAAAAAGCAAGCAUACAAGCGCCGCUUGAUAUCUCUGCAUCUUAGCUCUCCUCCUUCUCUCUUUGGUAUGGCUCAACCUGAGCAUCGUUAUGCCUUUUUGAGUAACUAUACGACUAUAUUAUUUGCCAUAAUAGUUAGAUGCGUACUUUCUCAUUUCCUCGAACACCUUAGACUUCAUUUGAAUUUUACAAAUGAAUCAGCUAAGUUUGCUCCACCCUUCCCACGCUCGUUUACACUUUUUGUGCUUGCCGCGGACAUAUUGAGUGGACUCCGCUAAUCUUCAGCCGAAGCUAUGGAACCUGCACUGCAGUAGGAAUAAAGCUCGGAUCCCUGUUUUCGAGCACGAGCCUCUACGUAAUAGGUCUCAAACGAACGAGGACGAUCCUUUCGGCCUGUAUGAAUAAAAGUUUCUAUCUCUCUCUCUGCGUAAUAAGUUCAAGUUCGGAAGGACGCGUGAUCAAAGCAGCCGUUCUCACAAUAUCACUAAGUUAUACACCAAGCCCGCGGAUCUUUCACUUGCAGUGACUCUACCCAGAUAUGACUAUCACCGAAGUACGCCUUCAACCCGCCUAUGGUCCGUAUGGGCGGGUUGAAGGAACUUGGCGGUCGAGUUUUUAGUGGCCCGCGGUUGCCCAAGCCGAUCUUGCUCGCCGCAAGAGCACUGCCUCCCUCUCCGAUAUAAUCGAAUUUUCAAGCUUCCUCCGCUUCGUGAGACAUUACUCACGCAUAUAUGAGAUACGGUGAAAGCCUUCUUUAAAUCAAUACGUUAGCUAGAAUUUUGCUCGAACCUCCGGAACAGCGGUGCUGGUCCUUACUGCAAGGCUGAAUUUCAUGACCGAGACCCGGCAGACGAUGGAGACCCUUGCAUCAGACACUAAUUACCCACCUGAUAGGCUCCGGUCCCGCCCUAUGAGUUGCGUUUGGCAUACAGACCGCGCGUAUCGAGGAGAAAACCUUACCAAACGUGAAAACUGGCUGCCGUUUUUCGAUCGGCGUAGUCAACGCGCGUGACGCAAAAAAUCACGCGAUGGCGGCGCCAUAAAACGUCACCACAUAGCGUCACAGAUUUCCAUAGUUCAUGACAGCGCCAUAACAUGAAGUCACAUAGUGACGUCACCAUCCUCGCUCGGUCAUAGGUGGGUCGAUCGUGGUGGCAUCCCGAAACCAGCCGAGGUGUUUCCAAUCCUGCAGAGGUUGAUAUUGGCAGAGCAGAAGACGAAAUCGUCUUCUUGUGGGACCCUCCUAUGCAACAGUUUCCGCCAACUUAUCAGCGUCCGUGGUCAUCUGGUUCUGAGUCGCCAUCUGCCCCCGUUAUAUGUCUAGUUUCGUUUCACAAGGUACUCGGCCGACAAAAACCAAGUGCGCUUCGGACAACGUUGCUCAGAACGGCAAAGUGAUUAUUACAGUUUAUCGCGCGACUGAUAACACCCCGAUGCGAGGCACAACACAGUAGCGUUGUUUGGUGCAAAGGGUGCACCGAUCGUCGCGGCACCUUUCUGUAUUCGGGUGACCGGCUUGGUUACUUUCGUCGUUGAAUUCGUUGAACAUGUCUGCUUCAGCUUCUGUAUACCAUGGAGAAAGGAAAGCUAAGGAGAGGCCCUCAAAAUGCGGACUGCAGAGCGAAACGUGCCGCGGAAGUCUCGUGCUUUUGCAGGGGGGGUUGUGGGAAUGGGUGGGCCCGCCGGCGUCUCGUGUUUUCUGCGUCACCACUCCAUGCCGGCUGGAGUUGUGAAUGUGCAUUUUUAUGCUGCUGUUACACUUCAAAGAUGACACAAUGUGUUAGAAGCCUACAGUGAGCGUUGGAGUUCAUGGUUUAGUUUAUAUCGCUUGAGGUCACAAAAUGUGAUGUAACAGCCUGUCCACAGUUUAUUCCUUCCUCCAUGACUUUACUGUCUUUCCCUUGACGCCAUUGCGACAGGUGCGUUUCAAUAAACAGGCAUGGAAAGUGCUAUA